UUAUAGCGAAGAAACUAUUUCAUUAUAGUUAUCGCCAAAAUUGAGAACGUUAAUAUGAAGACUUUAUUUGCUAUUUUGGCAGUAUGCUUUAUAUAUUCCUCCCACAUUGGAGCAUAUGGCAACAGACAAAUAACUGAUCCAAUUCCGAACCAACUUUCCCAAGGUGUUUAUUCAGUUCCAACAGGUCUCUUGACAUCACCAGAAUGUGCACCGCUUUUACAGCAACUCUCCCAGUUGCAGCUACAAUAUCUGGAGCAACAUCAAUCAUUGUUGAAACAAGAACUGGCAAAGAAUCAGCAACACCACGCAAAGUUAACACAAAUAUCCCAAAUAUCUAAGCAAGGAAGAUCAGGCCUAAAACCCGUUGUAAGUACAUAUCAAUAUAAUAAUAAGAGAAAUCAUUAG